CUGGCCUUUUAAAAAGGGUAAGUAGUGUAGUACAAGCCCCCUUUUGUAGUUUUGUUGUAUGUUUGUGGUUUUAGUGAAGGGUGCAUUUUAUUCCCAGGUCAACAGUAGAUACUCCCCCUUUCCCCCAAGUAUAUAUAAUUCACUUAAUAACAAAUUUCUUUUUUCACCCCAAUUCUGUGUAAACAAUAUUGUCUCCUUCAAUCUUCUAAACUUCAGGAAUUCUUUAAUUCCACCAUUUUCAAAUCAUUUUUCCAAAAAAAAAAAAAUUCUUUCCCCCUAGCUAAUUCCCUUCAUGGGUUUUUCCGAUUCUCCGAAGAAAGCUUUUCUUCCCAGCUCGGCCGGCGUUGACAAAGAUUCUUCACCUUCAUCCUCAAAUGUUGCCAAUCAUAUCAUUGGGUGCAAUAUAUUCCUGUCAUCAACUGAGAAAAUGGGUGCCUGCAGAUUCGAUGAUCGGAGGAAAAAAGAUGAAGAAGAUAUGGAAUUCUUUGCUUCUUUGAAAGUGAAACUGCCGGCGGUGACGGAGGAAGAAGAUAUGGAGGAAGAAGUGGUGGAUGGGUUAUCAACUCCGACGUCUUCUGAUCACAAAAUCCCGGCUUUAGUUUGUCCGCCAGCUCCAAGAAAGCCAAAGACAAUUCCGUCCGCGGCGGCAGCCGCUGCUAUCAAGAGAAACCGUUGCCGGAAAAGGGUUUUUCUUGAUCUGACAAACGAAGUGGAGUCCAUGUUCCCGGAAUCCGUGCGGGCAGAUUUCGGAAACAAGAUCAAGAAGGUCAGGAAAGAAAGCUAGCUAGCUAACUUAUAUCAAAAUAUUAUUCCUUUGAUUUUUACUACUCCAAGUUAAUAUAUGGUUGACCGACGCAAGAAGGUUCAAGACGUGUUAAUCUUUUCUCUUAGUUAGAAACUAAGAAAGAAAGAGUGAUGAUGAUGAUGAAGAAAUGACCGACUGAAGCUAACUGCUUAAGACGAAAUAUUGUUGGAUCUUGAUUAUAAUUUGAUUCAACUUCCAAAACCACAGGUAUAUUAAUUAAUGUUGUAACCGGCGGGUGUAAUUUAGAUUCUUCCCGUACAACUCGUUCGGGAAGAUGAUGGUUUAUGUUUUUAUAUAUACGUCGUUGAGAAAAAAAAAAAAAAGAAUUUGGAAGACUUAUUUAGAUCCAUGAUUGUUCAUUGUUCUAGCAAGUAGUAAUUAUCUGCAGAUUUUUCUGAGAUCGAAUCUGUAACUUAAUUAGUUUCAGAUUCUUGUAUAACAAGAUCAUCAUUGUAUUAGUUCUUUCCAAUCUGUGUACUUUGAAUCAGUAACAACAUUAAUUCUACCACUUACUUACAUAUAGAUCCAGUACUUCAAAGUUGUUCAUUCAAAAC